CCGACCGGAACGGACGUCUGUGCGCGACUGAACUUCUCUUUCGUGAUCGGUCAGUGACAGUGAAUUGUAUAAUGUGAUUAGCAACGUGAGUGAUUUGUGUCGUCCACGUGAUCGCUAACGCUUGCGUAUACGCGACAAGUGGUGAAAAUGCGAGUGACUUAAAUGACAUGUGAAGUGAAAAGAAUGGCGACCGCCAAACUAACCUUGACACUUUGUGUCAUUUUGUUUACCUGCACACAUGCGAAAAUAGGUUACUUCUGGCACAUCACGGACUUCCACUACGACCCUCAGUACACUCCACAAGGCGACACUAGAAGACAAUGUCGGCGAGCGGACGAGCGCGGCAGCUCGGGGCACCACCGUGCGCUGGGCCGCCUCGGAGACUACUCGUGCGACGCGCCGCUCGCGCUCGUCGAGUCCGCCGCGCGAUACAUGCGCACGAGACACGCAGACAAUGUCGAGUUCGUGCUCUGGACAGGUGACAUCGUCUCCAGUCAAUACAACGAAGAUGAGAAGUACCAGGCCAUCAGAAACAUGACGGAGUUGCUCCGAGGCACGUUCAGCUCGCACUUCGUGUUCCCAGUGCUAGGAGACACGGACCCUGCGCCUUCGGAGCGGCUCACCAGCCUCUGGAUGAAGUGGCUCCCUUUAGAAGCACUGCAGACCUUCCAAAAUGGGGGCUACUACACGAUAGAACAGACUCAGAGCAAGUUGAGGAUAGUGGUGCUGAACACGAACCUGUUCGGUGCGCGGGAGUCGAGUAGCGCGCCUGCGCAGAAGCAGUGGGAGUGGCUCGACGAGGUGCUCGAGAAAGCCACCUCCAACAGAGAAAUGGUGUACAUAGUAGGCCACGCGGCGCCGGGGUUCGCACCGCGCACGGCGCAGGUGUCGUACUCAGCGGAUGCCAACGCGCAAUACCUGCGCACAGUGCGCAAACAUGCGCGUAUCAUCGCCGGCCAAUUCUUUGGACAUCUCCACGCAGACACCUUCAGAGUUUUCUAUGACAAUGAUCGCCCAGUGUCGUGGGCCCUGCUGGCUCCGUCAGUGAGCCCUCACCGGAGCCCCUCUGGGUCCUCCAACCCCGGCCUUAGACUCUACAAGUUCGACAUCAACUCCGGAAAGGUAUUAGACUACACCCAGUAUUAUAUGGAGCUAGCGGGAGCGAAUCGCGCGGUCGGCGCAGUUGGCUCGGUCGGCGCCGACUGGGCGCCGGCGUAUAACCUAACGCAGCACUACGGCCUACCCGACGUGUCGGCAUACUCGUUGCACGGCCUUGCCGACAAGCUGCGCUUCGGGAUGCCGCACGAGACGCUCACAUUCAACAAGUACUUACGAGCAUACAGUGUGAAGUAUGAGAGCACGGAGGCGUGUGACGGCGCAUGCGCGCACCAACACUUCUGCGCGAUCACGUGUCUGGAGCACGCGGCGUACCGGCAGUGCGUCGAGGCGGCCGCCAGCGCGCUCGCCGCUGCCAGCAACCACGCUCCGCUCGUCGCUCCGCCUGUCACAAUGAUAGUCACCUUGUUGACGUUUAUUCCUAAAGCGGUCGCUGUCACAAGUUUAUAAGUUAGAAUCGAUAUUUUCUGAAAUCUAAAAUGUUUGAGAUCUUAAAAUACAAAUAAUUUAAGUUUACUUUACAAAUCUCAAUUUCUUCAUGUAAACAUUUCACUUAUUUCACGUAAUAAUGACUUAGUAGUUUUUUGUAAUUCAGUUAUUAAUUAAUUAUAAUUAAACAGUGUGUAAUUAUGUUUUUACCGAUUCAAUAUUUUCUUUAUUUCUUGUAUCCAGACAGAAGUAGAUGUAACUAUAAACUGACGAUGACAACACGCCUAUGUAAUUGUAUUUCAGCAGAAGAUAUUCCGAUCGAAAUACUGUAAAUAGUCAUAGUUUAGAUUCAGAUAGGUAAGUAUAUACUUAGAAUUUUAUACGCUGUAGAAAUUGGUUUAAAAAAAAACAACGGUCUAUUUUCCCCGUUGCUAUUUAUAGUUUCGAAAGCUCGCAAUAUAUUGUAACGUAGCACCUAAUACCCUUGUGUAAAAUGAAUAAAAACCUGACAACAACUUUUCACGUGGCGUGAAAAAUUGCUUACAACGGGUAGAGAUUGUCCCCAACACGUACUACACGUAAAGUGGAGAGAACAGAGUGAAGUGGAGUACUUGCCACUUCACUUUAGACUACUCUAGCGGCGAGAGAACGAGCAGGCCCGUAACCAGUUCUAUUUUUAAAAAUUACGCAACUUAUGACACUCAUAAACAGCCUAUACAAUUCUACAAGUACUGAUGCACCGCUCCCGGAAUUUUUUUCGCUUUGAGAACAUUCACAGUAGUUUUUUUUAAGCCGCAAAAAAAUAUGUAAAUAAAAAGACCUUUACCGGCCUACCUAGCCUUUAGACAGAUAGAAGCAAGAGUACAAGAAGUAACAAUUUGAAAAGAAGGCAGUCAGUAUUCUUACUAUUAAAAAGUUUUUUUACAACAGGAACAUUCUCACUUUGAGAACAUUCCCGGGAAGGGACACGUCCACUGUCUACAACCAGAUCAGAUCAACCAGAGUGGGUAUGAAGCAUAGUGCUGAAAGCACAUACUAAUUUUUUCGAAUCGUACGCGCUGUCUGCCUUUAUUUUCAGUUUUGUCAUAGAAUAAAGAAUACAUAUAGAACGGACACUCUCCGCCCCGCACCUAUUCGUUUCGCGCGUCAAGUUAGAUUUACCUCACACCCUCUGCGUCUCACGUUGGUCUAAAUGAGCAGAGAGUAAGUCGCUAAGAAGUAAGUGGGAGCGCACGUGGACUGUCUCAGUCGCACUUACGCGGUAAGAUGGCACACGAUUAGAAUGAGUUUUUUCUAUGGAGUGUCCGCGGCGUGGUUUUCUAUGGAAUUAUAAUCGUUAACAGAUAAGGUCGAAUUUUGUACUUCAUACGUAGUAUUACUCAGCUCAACAAAGAAAAAAUAUUUUUGUUUCUUUGAAUAUGUCUGCGGAUUUGUAUACCUAUCUAUACGUAAUAUAUUCAUUCGUGAAUUAAAAACUACAUAAAAUAAACCUACAAAAAUGAAAUAACAAAACAAAAAACUUGCUCGAAUAUUCGUGAAAAACGAAUAUAUUAUUUUAUUCCUGAACAAUUUGCGAAUAUUUAUUUGUGAAAGUACUGAAGUUGGCUAAAUGGGUAACUUAAUAUUCAAAUAAAUAAAAUGUUAUUUCUUUUUUAUACCUUGGAUUGUUCCUUUUACUUCGACUAGUUACUAAGUAGGUAGGUAGGUUUACGCAAUUAAGUUUGUGGUCGUUAUAUGAGACUUGUCAGGGGCCUUUGGCGGCUCAGUAGUAACCCUGCUACCAAGGUGUUUAGGGCGGUCAUUGACCUAACAACCCACACCAGAAAAUUUCGGGAAAAUAUAGGUAAUUACAAACAUUUUUUUACCGCACACAUUUUGUAAUUUAUUGCCUAUUCUUUGUCGGACAUCCAAAUAAGAUGCUUUUUUAUUGUAAAUGGGAAGAGAUUGUGUGUAAAAAAUAUGUAUGCUAUGUAAUCUAGGUAGGUAUUGCUUAAAGUUUGUCGUACAAUGCUUCGAUUAAACAAAAUGUGAUUCUAACUUAAGAUAUGGAACUGAAAAUGUCUAUAAACUAUUUAGUAUGGCUAUUUCUAAGCGUGAUCAUUCAAAACAAGAUUCUUCUGUGAUUUCUUUCGCUGUUUUUCUGCUUUAAUUAUUAAAUAUAAAUUGAGGGCCUUAACAACCAUUGUAAUUUGAAAUUUAACUUAUCGUGUCCCUAGAGACGUUAUUCCGUUUUCACGGGGUCCGCUUACCUAACCUGAAGAUUUUUCCAACACGCGAAAGGAAAACCAGUACAAUACAGGUCCGGUCACAUAUCUUCGAAACGCAUUUCUCGGGAAUCUGGGUUUUCUCACGAUGUUUUCUUACACCGCUAACUAUUUUAUUAUCACUUAAAAUCCGUAUUAUGAAGUGCAUUUGAAUUUAACUUAUGUUUUGAUAAAAUAUUUAGACUUAAAUUUGCCAGAAAAAUCACCGAAAAAUCUUAUUCCGAACAAUCGCCCUUGAAGUAAAAUAUUUUCUGUAUAUAAAUGGCUAAUUAUUUAUAAAUUGUAAAUUGAGGAACAACUAGAGAUAUAAGCCGAAUUAGGACGUUUGCUUAAUUCAUUUUUAUUUAAGAGCUAAAAUCAAAACUGUUUAAUAUUUGGGAACAAAAUCGUCACUAAAUUAUAUUUGAAAAGAAAACUAAAAUAUAGCUCAUUAUUUUAAUUAGGGUCGUAUCUCACUAGGAGACCACGGUGGCGUAACUCCAGUUGUGUUAAAAAAAAUAUACCGGGCGUUAGUGACAUCGUAACGAAUAUACCCUGAUUCUGAAUUGACACCAAGUGGAAUUUUCCGUCGCAAAAGUAUGAAACUGAAAAUAAUAGAAAAAACACGAAAAUGUUCAUGUAUUUUCCGACUGGAAAUUCUCACUCUCAGACUCAAAAUCAUACUUGGAGUCAUUCCCCUCAGUAUUCGUUACAUUGUCACUGACACCCUAUGUAGUUCAUUAACCUCGUAUAACAAAAUGCAGUUGUAUAAAGAGUUACCUCACCUGGGUUGUAAAUUAUUUCCAAAAGCGACAGUAAGUGAUAAAAUGCAUUAGAUUGACGUAAGAUGACAUACUAAUCCCCUACGAAUAAAUAAUAUUUAUUUAGUACGUCAUCUUACGUCAAUCUAAUGCAUUUUAUCACUUACUGUCGCUUUUGGACAUAAUUUGCAACCCAGGUGAGGUAACUCUUUAUACAACUGCAUUUUGUUAUACGAGGUUAAUGAACUACAUAGGGUGUCAGUGAUAUUCAAUCCCAUAUAUUUUUACCACUAUCACUGUUGUUUUUUGUUAUCGGUUGCAGUGUGGCUAAGGCGCUUAAUAUUAGUUUGGUUAUGCAACACUGGAGGCGCCACCAUGGUGUCCUAGUUAAAUAGGGUCUAAGUUCAAUGCACAAAGCGGCGAGUACGGGAGCGAUUUUUAUAAACGUGUGGGUUUGUACGCUAGCGUUCACGCUAUCCCAUACCAUCUCACCCUUCCCACGCCGCAACGGUUACCGCCACUGUGUGUAUCGAGCUUAACAUAUUUCCUGUAUAAAAAAAUAUAGAUAAUCAAUUAGACAUAUUCAUCAUUGUAAGAUAUUAAAGUAAUAAUUAGUUAGAAAGUUAAACUUUUUACUUACUUAUAGGUCUCAAGUGAAAUAUAGAAAUGUAUUUGCAGUAUAUGACGUCUUAUAACUUUUAGCAUAUUUUUUUGUUUCUUUAUAACUUGACUGUGAUAAACUCUGUAUCUAUAUUUCAAAUCACAUUGCAUUGUAGGUAAGAAGAACAAGUGUUUUCUAAAGAAAAAAAAUGCGUUUAUUUUAUACCCACCGUUACUGAUAAGAUUAUCACGGCCAAGCUAUAAACUAUAUUGCUGUUACUAUAAUUAUCGGAA